GUUACAGACGCUUAAAAGAGCAAACGUGACGAGCAGCACCAGCGGAGUGUUACGCUUCAUGUACUGUAUUAAUCUGCUUUAUCUCACAGCGUUAAUCAUCUACAGCGCGUUAUUAAACAGGAUAUGGAUGAAGAGGCGGACGAAGUGUUCCCCGCUGAGGAUCACUUAUUUGAAGACAGUUUCUCUAAGGAGUGCACUUUUAGCUUUUUUGGUCAGGAAUGUAAAAUUAAUCAGUCUUUCAGUGCGAGUCUCGGUGUAGCUGCUUCCGUUUGGGACGCAGCAAUCCACUUGUGUCGUUUCUUCGAGCAGAUUUCUCUGGAUUUAAGUGGAAAGCGAGUGAUCGAGUUGGGAGCAGGAACUGGUUUUCUCAGCAUAUUGGCUGCCAGAUUAGGGGCUCGUGUGACCCUGACAGACCUCCCCCUGGCUAUUCCACAAGCAGUCCGAAAUAUUAAAGCCAACACCCCAAUGACUGGUUGGCCCUCAGAAGCGCCGAUUGCCGCUCCGCUGUGCUGGGGUCAGGAUCAGGAGAACUUCUCCUCUGACUGGGACUUCGUCCUGGGGACAGAUAUUAUCUACAUGCCUGAAACGUUCCCUCUCCUUCUGGACACUCUGGUUCACUUGUGUGGGGGUGGGGCCAUGGUGUUCCUGUCAUCUAAGAUGCGCAGAGAGCACCACACUCAGGACUUCUACGACAACUGGCUGCCUCAGAAGUUCGAGGUGGAGCUGGUGCAGACAGAACCGGAGAGUAACAUUAAUAUUUAUAAAGCAGCUCUGAGAGCAGAGGGUCUAACAAAAACUCCAAAAUAUUAAAGGGCCCAUGUCAUGGAUGAACCAUUGACUCCCCCAGUACAUGCAGACUAUAUAUGGAAACUAAACUGCCUGUUUGGAAUGAGUUGUUUUUGUGAUUUCACGAAAACCAGUGCGUUGCAUAGUCUACCUGUUGUGCACAUAGCAGUUUAGCCACGCCCACUCACAGUGAAGUAAUAGAACACUAUAGUCAUGUUGUCAUUUUGUAGUCGGUGCUCUUAUGCCCUUAUAAAAGGAAUUUCUCUACAAGAAGGAUGAAUGAAGCUUUCGAAAAUUGCUUUCCAAAGCUGAUAUGUUUCACAAGGUCAUUAAAGAGUGAAAUAUGAAUAUUGCUACAUAUAAGCUAAAGCUACUGUGCACUGAAUUCACAUCAGUAGACUGGCAGCCUCCUUAAGCAUGCUUUGCCAGCCUGGUGUGUAUUUCCAUGUACAGAGUGAGAGCAGAUGAUAAAGAAAUUCGCUACGGUACAACAUUUUUAAUAAACCACAACUCAUCAGAGUACCGCCACAACACACCUUAGUUUUGUAUAGCUUAGUGAUGUCAUGUUAGUGUCAAGGCUUUUUGUCACGAUUGGCCCCUCCCAGUCCUGUCUAUGUGCAUUUUGUUUUGGUUUUCUAGUCCUGCCCCCUUGUUUCAUGACUCCACCCCUGAUUGUCUCCACCUGUGUUUGCACCUGUCCCUUGUUACCUUUAUGUAUUUAAGCCCUGUGUUUUCCCCGGUCUGGUUACUGGUCUUUGUUUGAAUCUCUGUCUGUGUUGUACACUUUUUAAUGACUAAUUCAGAGGAUCCAGUAGUAUUCGAGAGAAAAAUGGACACAGUACAAAACGCAUCAGGUUCUGAACAUUUUUAUUAACACAGGGUUUGACAGAGGUCAUUUUAAGAAAACCCCAUUCAUGCUGGCCAUAGAGAAAACAAGCUUAGACCAGAGAUCCUAAUAUAUAGCAUAACACGGACUACAGAACGAAGCAUGACUACGGUGGUCUAUAAGUUGUAUUUUAACUCAGACAGGGCAACCAAUCAGAAAGAGCUCAGUCUUAAAGGGAUAGUAGCAGAAAUAGGGAAUUUUCCUCACUCAUUUGAAGUGAAAGGGUUUGAUGUAGCAUGUCAUGAAAAGCAUGAUAGGUUGAUUCCUCUGUCAUUUUCUCAUUUUGUUUGUAGUUGCGGAAAAAAACAGCCCGAUUGGAUUUUUUUAUUUUUUUUUAUUGUCAGGUGUUUAAAGAAUUUAACUCUUUUGCUUUCAAACAAAAUGUAACAGUGAAACAACUUACAUACAAAUACUACAGGACUAAUUCAUCAAGCAUGAUAAAUAAGAAAAAAUAAAUAAAAAUUUAGUUCUAUUAAAUAGAAAAGCACUUGGGCGUUGGGUGUAAGAAAAUGUAUUAAAUUAGUUUUUAGUAAUUUCCAGGUCUGAAUAAGUAUGGAAAACUGUCUGUGUUUCCAGACCAUGUCACCGAUUCUGAUUCCCAAAAUAUAAAAUUCUUUUAUCAUCAAACAUGCCAUUGUGAAGUGUUUUUAAGUACUGUUGAUAUCCACGAUACUCUCAGAAAAGCUUAUUUUGCCAUAAUUUAUCACCAUAACGAUAAAUAUUGUCUUACUGCCGAGCUCUAGUAAACACUCAUUUUGUAGCCA